AUGUCUUCUCCCUCUUCCUCAUUUGAUUCAACGAUUCUCCAUUCUCUCUUCCAUUUUCUCUCUCAGCCCGUAAACCAAAAAUCAUCUAAAACCCCCCCUCCGUUCUUCACUGUCGAUCAAACCAAGGUUGUCAGGGUUGCGUUGUUGGUAGAACUUCGAGGUUUUAUCAUCAGUGGAGGUUCUGCAUGCCCUCUCCUUCUACACCAGUGGUUUCUUUUCUCCAAGCCCUUAACAUAUGGUACCGAGUCAUCAGAUUUCAUCGCAUCCACUGCCUUAUCGGUCACUAAUAGCUUAGUUGUUGUCUUCUACUGCUACUUGACCCACCUCAAAAAUCUUUCCCUUCAUCGGUUCUUCUUUCUCUCCAUUGUCUUCCUCUUUCUCUAUGAAAAUGGGAAAACACCGACGAAAACUCCAUGGAAAUGUCUUGACGAUUCGGUAGGUCAAUAA